AUGAAGUUCAACCUUUAUACACUUUCGCUUCUCGCCUUAUGCACUAUAUCAAGUGCCCUUAUAGUCCCACGAUCGGUUCAAGAUUCCAUCAUCGAGAGAGACAUCAACAAUAUCUCAACCCUCGCAGAAAGAGCCACAACACCAACACCAACACCCUCUCCUCAAGCCGUUACACCAGUCACAACCAAACCGGCUGAACCCAGCACUGCCACUCCAACUCCAACAGGACGUACACCCAUCAAAGACAAACAACUCGGCAGAGUCUUUAUGUAUGUCGGUAUCGGGCUUGGAGCUGUCGCAACGCUUGCUAUGAUUGGGGGUGCCAUCGCGGGAAUGAGAUGGUUGGCGCAGACCAAGAAGUGUAAUGACAUGCACAAGGCGGAGAUGCAGAAUAAUUUGAGGAAGCUUAGGACGAGGCAGGAGCCUUUGAGAGGUUGGCCUACUAGGCAAUCGACCAGGUUUUAG